AAAAAUUUUCAUUUGUGGAAAAAAAAAUCAAUACACAAAUUUUUGUUAUAAAAAAAGAAAUCAUUUGAAAUGGUGAAACAAGUUAAGAAUUUGAAUUGAAAUUAUUAAGAAAAAAAAAAACGAAUAUAAUAUUUUAUAUAAUAAAAAAGAUUAAAUAUAUCGAAUAUCAUCUAGAUUCUAAACGAAAAAUGAAUGGAUUAAAAUAAUAUUUUGUAUACUGAAAAAUUAUUAAGAAUAAAUGACCGAGAGACUGUGCAAAAAGUUAAAAUAACUUCCAAAAACUAAAAUUAAAAAUAUUAAAAUUAAAUAAGGCUAGUUUUAAAAUACAAUUUUUGCUCCUAUAUUAUGGACGUGAGUAGAACAAAUUCUGAGAAUUUGAAUAUACAACAAACAGUACGUAGUAGAACUACGAAUAUCAGUGAUAUUCGUAGACAAUCAUCUGAUUCACACCAUUCAGUUAAUUCAUCAUCAAGUGAAGAUCUUGACGAUUUAUGUAUUGACCAUGAAUUAGUAGAUAUUGAUGAAGUUGUUGCACCAAAAAAACCUCAUUUUCUUGAUUAUGAUGCUGUGCCGCCACCAGGUUUUGAAAAUGACAUAGACUUAUCAGUACCUGUUAAUAAUUUAACACAACAAUCUGGAAAAAUUAAUAUAACAACAACAGUCACAGCCACUGGUCGUGUACCAUUAUUAAAACAAAAAUCACAUGAAUCAAGGGGAGUACAAAAUUUUAAGCACCAGAAACAAAUGAAUUCAAAUAAUCAAAAUGCGAUUCCUACAACAUCAACCGUUGGAAAUAUCGAAAACAAUGAAUCUCAAAACGAAAUCGAUUAUCCAGGUGAAUCAGUAAAAGUUGACAAAAAAUUUGAAAAAGAUGGUGAAAUUAGCGAUUAUGAAUUAGCUGCUAGCGGUUAUACUAAACGUGAUUUGACAACAUCUGCAAUAACAUCUCAUCAAAAUGUUGAUACAGAUAAAAAUAGCAUUAGAGUAACACAAGAAAAUAAACCGAAGAAAAAACAUUUUCUGGAUGAAAAUCCAAUACCCCCGGAUUAUAUGUUGCCAUUUGACAGGGAUUUUCAACGCGAGCAUAGGAGUUUGGAUAGAAAUUUUGAAAGACAGAAUGAGUAUGAAAAUAUUCAACACAUACAGAGCACAUGUGCCCGUUACGAACGAAAGCAUUCCUUGGAAAGGGAAUCAAAUUCAACAUCUGGUCGAAGGAUUAAAGAGCCUAGUUAUUCACUUUCAAGAUUUAUUGAAAGUGAUUUGAUACUAGAUCAACAAGUAAAUCACAGCACUUGGCCUACAAUGGACUUAAAAAAUACAGUGGAAUCAUUUAACUAUUCUAGUAUGCCAAAUGACAGCAUCCAAAAAAGUUUAGGACCCAAAGUAGAAUGUGUUUAUUCAUUAUUAUCUAUGCUUGGUAAUCACGAUUCCGUAGAAAUGUCUAAAAAGUUUUUUGAUUUAUCUCGUACACCAGAAACAAGUGCCACAUUAAGAAGAUCAGGUUGCAUACCUUUAUUAGUUCAAAUGAUGCACUCAGAUUCUGAUGAAGGAGUACGCAAACGUUCAGCAAUGGCACUACAUAAUGUUGUUCAUUGUCAUCCAGAUGAUAAGGCUGGACGACGAGAAGCUAAAGUUUUGCGUUUAAUUGAACAAAUAAUGGAUUACUGUGCUUUCCUAAAAACAUUAUUGCAAAGUGGCGGAGAAACUAUCGCCGAUGACUCUGAUCGUCAUCCAUUGGCGGCUAUAUCAAGUUUAAUGAAAGUUAGUUUUGAUGAAGAGCACCGCCACGCCAUGUGCCAAUUGGGUGCAUUACAAGCGAUUGCUAGUUUGGUACAUUUAGAUCAUGCUGCACAUGGACCCAAACCCGAAGAUCAGUGCUGUAAUUCUUUGCGCCGUUAUGCUUUGAUGGCCUUAACAAAUUUAACCUUUGGAGAUGGUAAUAAUAAAGCGUUAUUGUGUGCAAACAAAGAUUUUAUGGAAGCGUUGGUGGCGCAAUUGGAUACCGCCCCAGACGAUUUAUUACAAGUUACAGCCAGUGUUCUUAGAAAUUUAUCCUGGCGUGCAGAUAAUAAUAUGAAAUCAGUUUUAAAUGAAAUUGGAACUGUUACAGCUUUAGCUAAAGCUGCAAUGAAAAAUAAAAACGAAAAUACUUUAAAAGCUAUAUUAUCAGCUUUAUGGAAUUUGUCUGCCCAUUGCAGCAAUAACAAAGCUGAAUUUUGUUCAGUUGAUGGAGCUUUAGCUUUUUUGGUUGAUAUGUUAACUUACGAAGGGCCAAGUAAAACUUUGAAAAUAAUAGAAAAUGCGGGUGGAAUUUUGAGAAAUGUUUCUAGUCAUAUAGCCGUGCGUGAAGACUAUCGUCGAAUUUUAAGGCAAAGAAAUUGUCUAGGAAUCCUUCUGCAACAACUGAAGUCAGAAAGUUUGACAGUCGUAAGUAAUGCGUGUGGAACUUUGUGGAAUUUAUCGGCAAGAUGUCCUGAAGAUCAGAAAUUUUUAUGGGAUAACGGAGCAGUUCCAAUGUUGAGGUCGUUAAUUAACUCAAAACACAAAAUGAUAGCAGAGGGAAGCUCUGCUGCUUUAAAAAAUCUAUUAAAUUUCAGACCAGGAAUUUUAAACCAUAAUUCUUUAGAUCCAAUAGCUAAAUCCAUGGGAUUAAAGGAAUUGCCUACAUUAAAUGUUAGAAAACAAAAAGCUUUGGAAAGCGAAUUAAAUCCAAAUUUAGCGGAAACGUGUGAAAAUAUUGAUGUUGUAACCCCUCCAAAAGAGAAAAAAGAUUUUUUGGAUGAUCAAUCUGUAACAGGAAAACAUCCAGUUGUAAGAUUAACACGAUCUGCGGUGGUUUCAAAAAGUGAAUCUAGAGAUUCGCUUAUGUCUGCUAAGUCUGAUUCAAUAUAUGAAAAAUUGCGCCGAGGUAGCUCAGCUCCACCACAAAGCACAAAUACAAACAGUUUACGGUCUCAAGCUGAAUAUAAUACGGCGGUGAAUGCAAAGUCAUUAAAUGCUUUUAACAUGCCAAGACCAGUAAAAAACUCAGUAUUUGUGGAUGAAGCGCCUAUUGACUAUAGUGCUAAGUAUAAUGAAAAUAUUAGUCAUAAUAGUUCAAAUUCAGACGUACCCGAAAAUUCAGAAAAUCUUCAGAAGGUUCAAAAAAAUGAAACCAAUUAUUCUACUUAUCAAGAAACUGAUUUGGAUCAACCAACAGAUUUUAGUUUAAGAUAUGCUGAAAACCAGGCAGAAUCUGAUGAAGAAAUAAAUAAUAAACCUCAAGCAAAUCCUGUAAACAGUAAUGAAAUUAUUUUAAUACUAGAAGAUUCUGUGAAAUGUUAUCAGACUGAAGACACUCCUUAUGUAAUUUCGAAUGCAGCUUCGAUUACCGAUUUAAGAAAUACUAAACCAGAUGAAAAUGUUCCAGUCUCCUCAACGAGAUCCAAGAAAAUUUCGGUUCAAGCGCCAAAAGAACACAAUGCAAAUCCAACAGUUUAUGGAUCUGGUUCUUACACACCAGAAAAACCUAUCAACUACUGCGAAGAAGGAACUCCUGGGUAUUUUAGUAGGUACGAAUCUUCCAGCAGUUUGGAAGAAUCACCUGCACAGACUAACGGCCCAACAAAUACAACAACUCAAUAUGAUAAAUCAAAAACAGAACAAGACGAAUCUAUUCUUGUUAAAAAUAUGAAAAAACUUGAUACAAAUCAUCCUUCCACACCCCCUAAAUUUACUAAACCAAAGCCCACAUCUGUGCCUGUAUCUAAUACUCAAUCACCAAAGGCUACACAGGUACAAAUCUUAGAUGCGCCAGGAAAUGUCUCUAAGGCGAACAAUUUAAUUAAUUCUGCUCAAGAAACUCCUUUAAUGUUUAGUCGCCGUAGUUCCAUGGAUUCACUGGUAGAAGAAGAAACUGAACCAAUGAUUCCAGACGACAAGAGCUCUGUAGUUAGUGACUUUAGUCGUUUAGCAAGCGGUGUGAUUUCUCCUUCGGAUUUACCAGAUUCCCCAACUCAAAGUAUGCCACAAUCUCCAAGACGGCUUAGCAAUCCUGUUCAAUUUCCUUCUAACAAACCCGAUGCAAAUGAUGAAAAUGAACGUCAAAAUGUGCCAAGACAAGAUUCUUUACAACCGUUGAGAAGCGUUUUUGAGGAUGGUCUUAGCACAUUUCAAGUUGAAAAUACUCCUGCUCAAUUUUCAUGUGCAACUAGUUUGAGUAAUUUAAGUUUAGAUGAUGAACCAAAAAUUACUACUGAUAGUUUAAAUAAAGAAUUAUUAUUAAUGGUGAAUUCUCCAAAAGAAAAUACCCCCAGUUCGGAAAAUCCUGAAAUAAUCAAAUCAUCGCCAAAGUCUUAUGGAAGUAAAAGAGAAAGCAUUAAUAUUUCUGAAAAUGAGGAUGAAGCCGCUAACGAUGACGACUUGCUUGCUGCAGCCAUUAACAGCGGCAUGAAUAGAAGUAUGACAGCUUCAAAGUCAAAGGUUCAAAAUGAGAUUUCAUCUGCCGUACCAAUCAAAGAUGUAAUUCGAUCUUCGUCCAUUGAAAAUAUUUUAUCCACGGCAUCGAAAGCUGAUAACAGCUCAAGUACUUCGGUACGAUCGUUGCAGAACAAUAAAGAUGAAAUAGUGCAUAUGUCAGAUAUAAGUUCUAAUGCUUCUGAUGACUGUAUGGAUCUAUUUCAACAAUGUAUUCGGGAAGGUAUGCAAAAAUCAAAUGCACCCGCUAUCGAUAAGAAUAAUAAAAUUAUGAAACCUGAGCAAAACGUAAAUAUUUCACCAUCAGUUAUCGCAAGAAUUAAUUCUGGUGACCCUAUUGGAAUGUUACGACGUGGCGGCUUACCUCCGUAUAUACCGUCAAAGGAUGAAAUGAAUAAAUUUCUUGUCGAAGAUAGUCCUUGUAAUUUCUCUGUUAUUUCUGGUUUAUCAAAUUUAACAGUUGGAAGUGGAAAAGCCGGACCUGCUAAUGCUGCAAAACUUGAUGCUCCUAACCCAAACUUCAAAAAAGAAGUUACUUCUACAGAGCCAGGCAGAGUUACCAACGACAAAAAAAGCAUCGCCGACGACUCUUUAAGUUCGAUAUCUAUUGAAUCAGAGGAUGAUUCUAACUUACUAAGUCAGGCAAUCGCUGCUGGAUACAACCGGCCAAAAUCUAAUUUGGGGCAACAUAAGCAAUCAGGAAAUGUAACUCAACCACAACCUAUACCUAGAAGCGUAAUUAGUAACCAAACUGCUCAUUUUGAGCCAACGGAUUCAUUAAGUUCAGUAGAUUCAAGUGAUUCAAACGACAAUCAAGCAAAGUCGUUAUUUGAACAAUGUAUUCAAUCUGGAAUGAAUAAAUCGAUUAAAAAUAAAAAAGAACGCUCAAAAAUAAAUCAAACUUUAGCUAUUAAUACUGUGCCAACUUCACCUAAACGAUCUCAAUUGCCCACCCUAUCGAAUAUUCAAAAAACACCUUUGCAGAUGGAUAGAGAAAGACAGCGAGAGAGAGAAAGAAAAGAUGAACAGCUUUUGAAAGAAUGUAUUACGACAGGAAUGACAAGCAAAGCUUCAGUAGCACCACAAUCAAAACCUAACCAAAACAUGCAUGGCGUAAUUAAGCUCCCAACACGUCAUGUUCGUCAAAUUAUCAAUCCUAUCGAGCUUAGCCAACGUUUAGUUACUGGUAGUAGUGCAAAUAAUUUAAGUUCUCAACCACCAGGAAGGCAGCACCAGAGUGCAAUAGACGUCCUAUUAACUGCUGCAGUUCAGCAGCAAUUAUUAACACAACAACACCAGCAAAAUCAACAAUCAAAAAACGGGGAGACUACGUCUGUGGUUGUGUUGGAACAACAUCAGAAUCACCAACAACUGGACAAAAACAAUACUAUAUUCAAAAGUGCCACCUCCACAGCUCCAGACGUAGUAGCACAUCAGCAUCCACAAUUACUCAACAGCUAUCAGCUUCAGUAUCACGAAGUGAGAGAAUCUCCCGAAGGCACAAGCACAGAAGUAAGAAGUCCAGCCUCAACUCCUGCAGCAAUGUCAACUCCACAGGGCCUUCAAACAGUAACUCCAAUUGUAACAACAGCAGCAACAUCACCAACACCACACAAUCGAUCACUGUCACCAACAAUACCACACAUAUCACAAUUCAUCCAGCAGCAAGAUCAGUAUCAGCUAACAGACUACAACAACAUUUCCAACGACAAUCAUCAGAAAAAUACUCACAUCGUGGAAAGCACAAUAACUGGGUUUAAUAACUUUGAUCAAAAAAUUCAAGGUUUCAACAAAAGUAUGAUAUCUUCCACUGAUAUUAAUAUUCUGGAACAGUCAAACGAAUUUCCAGCUUUAAAAUUGAGCAUUGUUGAUUCAGUUGAAAACUCUGUUAACGUGGGUGAACCAUUUGAUAUGGAAAUUUCAAAUGAAUUUUUAAUUGAUAAAAUUAAUGAAAGUCCAAAUAAUUCUAUAUAUGAUGAAUCUGUUUCAACAAACAAUAUAAUUCAAGAUAAGCACAAGGAUCCUGAUCUUAUGUUGAAAUCUGUUGAGAGAUUGACGCAAGAGCUAGUAGCUACUGCGGAGUACUUAAGAAAUAACCCAGAUUGUGUAGAUUUUGAUAGUGUUCCUAUAAGUCUCUUAGAUGAUAAGAAAACAAAAUCUGAAAGUAAUUCCAAUUCCAAUAAUAAUACGUGGAACGAGAACACAUGCCCCAAUGACGUUUCAUUUCCUAGUGUAAGUAUUACAGCACCUAUAAUAUCUUCUAUGAACGAGGAUGAAACUACGGUUAGUGAUGGCAACAUAUUGAUAAAACCUGUUGAAGAAAUUAACGAAAUUUUUGAAAAAACACCAACGAAUGAGUUUGCACCGCAUAAUGAUUUUAAUUCACUCAAUUAUUACGAGCAUAACAAUCAAAAACUGCUUCAAGAUAACUCACAACCUAAUUCUAUUGAUGCGGAGACAUACACCUUAGUUGCUGAAUCUGAUGAAGGUAAUAAAACUAUUCAAAUAAACGACAAUGAUAGCAUUUCAAAUGGCAUUCAAUUUAUCGUUGGGGGUGAAGUGAAAUUACCUCAAAUGACCUUUUCGCGAAUGAAUCACCUUAGUGUUUCAGGCCCCAUGUCCUUGGAUACAUCAUCAACGAUGACAAAUUCGACAAUUAUUGCUAUGGAGGCAACAAAAUUAGCAAAUAACCUAAUGAGAAAUAUGAUGACUGACAGCGCAACAAGUUUAGAUCUAGAAAACAUAAGACCGCCGUCAUGUAUGGAAUCUUUAAGUAUGUCUGGUUGCUAUGAAGUGACUGCCCAAAAUGGGAAUACUCAACAACUUCAAAUUCCACAAAGUCCUCAGUUAUCAAGAUUGCGGAAAAAAUCAUUACCUGCUGGUUUAAUGGCUCGGCGGGCUUUGGGUUGCAGUACUCACCUUAGUAAUGGACAUAGCGGAAGUUUAGAAAGUGUAAACUCCAGUUAUAAUUUGGACAAUGUAAAACCACCAUCGUUGAUGGAUGAACUUUUGGAUUCAAUGAUCAGCGUAGCUAGUAUCACUUCCGAAAUUGUUGAUAAUAGUCUUGGUACGAAUAUUACAAAUUAUGAAACAGCGGUUAGUGAUGGAGAUGAACAAACAACAACUUUACAAAGCUGUAUGGACGGUUUGCCUACGGAUUCAAAUGAUGACUCUACUUUGGGGACACCCAUUCCGUCAGAUUUUAGUUCAGUGGAAUCUACUCCAAGAAAAGAUAGUGGUGUAAAGCGAAUGCUUACCCCAAAGCAAAAACGUAAAAUGGUAAAAGAUAGAUUCAAAACAUAUACCGUUGCCGCAGAUUUCGUUCUUAAGGAAAACUUUCAAGAAGAUCCCGAUACAAAAAAAGAAGCCUUUCACAAUGAAUUGGCUACAGAAGAAAUACUUCAAAUAGAGAUUGAAGAUGGGCAAGAUCAUAAAAUUUCCUCAGUCGAUAAAAACGGUCAAUUAGUGAAAGAUAGCAUAUUACCACAAAAUAUUAGAAGAGAAGAAGGGUUCAAUAAUAGUGUGUCAUCUCCAGAACAAUCGCCUGCCGAAAGGAGUCCAUCCAUUAAUAAAAAACGUAGAAAUUUAGAUCCAGAUAGAUUUAAAACCCGGACGAUAACGUAUACAACAAGUAUUGUCGCCAGUAAUGAAGUAGUGGGAAGAACAAAUGAAUUUGAGAGUCUUACGUCAACAGAAGAUGAUUCUGAAGAAAUGUCUUCAAUAAGAGCUUUAACGAAACAAUUCAAAUUUAUUACUCAACCUGAAAGUAUUGAUACUAAUUUUACAACUUUAAGUCAACGAUCUGCAAUACCAAUUAAGAAUGCAUAUUUACGAAUGCGAAUGUUGGAAGAUGAAACUCGUACGAUAACACCUUCUACGAUAGGGACAUUAACUGCCGAAAGUGAUUAUAACAGUAUGGAAUUCGAUCAAAACUCUGAAACAGAAUCAUGUUGCGAUCAAAAGAAAAAUGGAAAUCCAAACCAAACAACAGAUGAGGAGGAUGAAUUAUCUCCCAAACGCAAGUCACAAGUUUCAAAUCCAACCCUUAUUAAAGCGCACAUAGUUAAACCAGGAGAUAAAGAUUCUGGUACAGAUUUAAAUUUUAGUGAAGAUCCAUCUACCCCACCUGAGACAGCAUCUCAACCUAAAGCAAUCAGAGGUAGAAAAAAACCUGCCUAUGUCUCCCCUUACAAAAAAUCAGUUUUGUCAGCUGCAAAUAGUACAUCUAGCACAAGAACUACUUCUCCAAAAUCUCAAAUUGGAAACACUAUUGUUCGCGCUAACUUAGCAUCAAAAAUUCCUGACAUUAAAAAAAAUAUUGCGGUAGCAAAACACAAUCCAAAAACAACAACAAUCGUAGCGAAAACUCACAUAUUGUUGAAUAAAGCUAACCUAACAAACAAAAUAAAUGCAAUAAAAACAGGCUUAACGAAACCAGGUUUUACAAGUUCUGGACAAGUUAAUAAAAAAAUGGUGGCGGAAAAAAAUAUUUUUAACAAGAAGUUGAAUCUUACCAAACAAAUAAAAAAUGCGGCAACAAAAGAAGCUUCCAAUAUAGGCGAAAGUGGGUCAGCCACCUCCAUGCCUUUGGAACGCCAAGGUACUUUUGUAAAAGAUGAACCUUGCAACGAAACGGUCCCGAUUGUAGGCUCUUUGCCUACAUCUCCAAUAAAAACUAGAUCGACACUAAAUGAUUCAAAAACUAUUACGAAUUGUUCUAAUACUAAGCCAUCCAAUAUUCCUAAAUCACCAAACAAAGUUGUUUCAACGACAAAUAAGGCUCGUCCAAUGGUACAGAAGAGCUCUAGCACAACAUCCGCAAAUAUUUUAAUAAACGCAAAAUCAAAUAAAAUUGGAGCUGCUUCUUCAAGUCGAUUAUCUAUCACAACAUCCAAAGAAGCGACAACAACACAACAACGCAAAAAUAGUCUAAUAGGGGUUCGAAAAUGUCCAAGUGUGCCAACAGUACCGCAACGUUCUAAUAGCAAUGCAUCUUUGCGACCAGCUCCGUCUGUCAGUGGCUUGCGAACAGAUAUUCCAGCAACACAACCACCAUCUAGGUCAAAUUCAAAUUUAACACCUGGAACCAAUAAAAUUAGUCAAAUUGGUAGCCGUAUAGCUGGUAUUUGGAAACGAGUUGAAGAAAGUAAAAAAAACAGUGCUCAAGCAAAACAAAAUGUUAACUCUAGCACUAAGGCAUCUACUCAAGAUUUACAACAUAAAGCACAAAAUAGUACUGGUGUUAGGAAACCACCAUCAGGCUCCAUUCAACAACCAGGAAAAUUAAUACGGAGUUCAACAUUUGAUAAUUCUCCUUCUAUUGGAACUGGUAGUGGAGCUAAUAAAAAAUUAGUUGCAACAAAAAUUUCACAUAAAGUUUAAACAAAAAUUUUAAUUUAAAAGUAAAAGAUAUAUUAUAAUAUAGCAUUUGUAAAAUAUAGAAAAAAAUAUAAAAUCUCUUAACUUAUAUUAAAUUAGGUACUAGAUUUUAGAAAAUUCAUUUUAGAAGAAUAAUAAAUACUAAAUAUAGAAUCCAUUACCAUUAUUUGGGUAAGCUUUUCGAAUGUGUACUUGGUAUAUGCGAAUGAUCCUUAAAUAAUAUUCAGAUGAAUUUUAGAACGAAGGCAAUUGGUUGAUGUCUUCUAUUAUAUGGAAAUAAAAAAAAAAAAAAAAAGAUUUUCUAAGACAGUUUUGAUAUGGAUUUUUAAAUUAUCUCUUAAUUCAAAGUUAAAAUGUAAUACGAAAAAUGUUUAAUUUUCCACUGAAAUAUUAUUUUAAAUAAUAAGUGCAUUUACAACUUGUUUGAUUAAGCAAAAUGGCUUGAAUAUGCUUUUAAAUGAUUAAUAAAUCAUAAAAAUAAUUAAUUAAUAUUUUAAAAGCAUAUGAAAGCAAAUUUAAAUUUCAUUCUAAAAUCUUUUGUGUCCUUUUUAACAUUUACUCAUUCAUUUAUUCUAUUAUGUGCCCGUAAAUCUUUUUAAGAGAAUUUUUUUCAGAACUGUUAUUGGUUUCAACAAACUAAAUAACAUUGUUCUAGCCUAGUGAACACAGUCUAUCCGUACUUUAAAAAAAAAAAAAAAUUGAAAAGAAAAAUUAGAAAUAGUAAAACGAAAUUAAUACCACAAUUUACUUAUACUAAAAUUGAAUAAGUCUAUUUUGCCUAGUUGCAAAAUAGAUUAUUUAUUUAAUUAGAAGAAAAAUUUCUCUCAAAAAUUUAAAAAAAUUCAAAUUUAAAAUACUUUUAUUAAAUAUAUUUAAAAUUUUUGCAUGAAAAAAAAAACAAAGGAUUAUAUUUUAACACACAUGCAUACAUAAUAUGUAUGUAAAUUUGAAAUUUCAACAAAUUUUGAUUUAGUUUUUUAUUUUUAAUGUAAUACAAAUUCAUUAAAAUGAUUUACUUUUGUUACUUUUUAAUUAACAUUGAAUUUCUUACUAAAUCAUUCAUUAUUUCAGAUUUUCGGGCACUUAAUAAAAUAACAAGAUAAAUUUAAAUUUUUCUUUUUUAAAAUAAAUUUUAUUUAAAUAUCCAUAUUCAAUAAAUGUAAUGUUUGAUUUAAAAUUCAAAUUAUAGAAAUAUGUAGAAAUGAAAAGGUUACCACAAUAUUUUAAGCUUCCAAAAUCGUACUUCAUAAUUUAAGUUUUUCAAUAAAACAAAUGAUAUCACAGGAAUGUAUGAAAUAUUAAAAUAAUUAAUUAUUCAAUGAUUAAGUUUAUUUAGUAUAAUGAACAAUAUUAUUAAUAGAUCAUAAUUAGUUAGUAAAUAAUUUUUUUUUUUUUUUUGGUCAAACAAUAAUAUUAAUCUUAUUAAAAAAUUCUUUAAUUAUAUUUACUCUCAAAAUAUAAAUAUACUAUCUAGUCUUCUCUGCAUACAAUUCAUAAAUGAAGAAACGAGAAAUUACUAAAAAAUAAAAAAAAAAAUUGUUUAUUAUUAAAAUUAACAAUUAAAGUAAAUAAAGUAUUUAACCUUUAUGGAUUUAAAAAAUUUUUGGGAAGAAUAUUAAAAUGCAUUAGGUAUAGUUUCAAUUUCAUAAUCUACAAAUAUAAAUGAAUUAAAUAAAAAUGAAAAAAAAAAAAAAAUCAAUUAAAUUAUAUUGAAUGAUUAUUACUGUUAAAAAAAUAUUUUGCGCAAAUACACUAAAUUGCAAAUUUUAAAUAUUUUUUUUUUCUUGUUUUGUUUUUUUAUAGUUUAUGAAAAUCGCUUUCAAAAAAAUUCAGUAAAGCAAUAGUUACCAUUACACAAACACCAGAUAUUUAAGCAUAAUUUAAGAUUAAUAAAUGACUUAUGACUGAUUUAAUUAUUAUAAUUUUGUAUUUAUGGAUUAUAUUUUGAUUUGAUCGUGUUAACAAUAAGCAUAAUAAAUUAAAAUAAAUAUUAAUUAAUAAAAUACUGUUAAUAUAAUUUGAUUUUCCCUUUGAAAUUUGAAUUGAAUUUAAUAAAAUUUAUAUUUGAAAAUCUUUUAACAUAAUUAUAAUUAGUUUGUUGUAAUUAAUUUAAUAUGUAAUUUUACGUGAAUAUUUCUUUUUGUGCAUAAUUUUUU